CGACAGACCGAGCGCCUGUGUGUUUUUCCGGCUGACUUUGCCCGCAGAUGAUGGCUCGGUGCUGGACGUUUUGGGCCGGGAUCGUCGUCCUUCUGACUGUCUGGCUUCCAGUUGCUGUCGAGUCAUUAAGCCAUCUGAACUUCAACCUGUGUAAGUGGUGUGAGGUGUCCAGUCCAGUGUGUAAGAACAGCGUCUGCUUUAGUAACUGCACUCUGUCCUCUUUCUGCAACGUCAUCGAGGAGAUCUGCAUCACAAUAUGGAGGAAGACCAAUGACACAAUGACGGUGCACACAAUGUGUCACAAUCCCACUCUGCCACUAGAGGGCGUAGACCCUGGCCUCCUGCUGAACUUCACCUCCAGGGAGUGUCACAUGGUUUCACAGCUUGUAGAGGAUGGAGCCAUGAUGGUCUGUGGCUGCCAGGGAGAACACGAAUGUAAUGAUAAACUCAUCUUUGACAAGGGAGCCAAUGGCUUCUCCAAGCUGCAAAGUAAAGAUGUGAUCCCGGUGGUGAUGGUUAGUUUGGUGCCUCCUGUCCUGGUGGCCUUAAUCACCACCGCUGCCUUCUACUACUACCGCACACACCACCCUGGCAAACCUGGCCCUCCUGCACGCCCUGACUGGCCCACCAAACGCACCCCAGAGCGCUACCAGGCUUUGAAUCAUGCAUGUGGAGGUCUGGGCCCACAGCAAGAGGUUGGAGGAGGUGGAAGCGUAAUGAGUACUGCAGCUGACGGAGAGGAGUCUAAUGCCAAGGUGCCAUCUUUCAACAAUGACAUAAUCAGUGACAUGACACACUGGCAGGGCCGGCUUCCUGAACCACUGCCGAUCAAACUGGAGGUCCUGGUGGGGAAGGGGCGCUUUGCUGAAGUCUGGAAGGCGCGUCUGCUGAAGGGUGAACUUAACAAUUAUGAAACUGUGGCAGUGAAGAUGUUUCCAGCUGUAGAGUAUGCCUCAUGGAGAAAUGAGUGCUCCAUCUUCUCUGAUCCCAAGCUGGUGCAUGACAAUGUGGUUCGAUUCCUUGCAGCUGAAGAGAGGGGCCCACCCAGCCAGGCCCUCAGGAAGUAUUGGCUGGUUUUGGCCUAUCACAGCCUCGGGAACCUGCAGGACUUCCUCACUGCAAACAUAUUGAGCUGGAAGGAACUUGUUGCCAUGGCAGGCAGCAUCGCUCGGGGGUUAGCUCAUCUCCAUAGUGACACAACACCGAGUGGUAUUCCCAAGGUGCCAGUUGCCCAUCGGGACCUAAAGAGCAGUAACAUUGUGGUAAAGGGCAACGAGGAGUGUGCUCUGUGUGACUUUGGUCUGGCAUUAAGACUGGACCUCUCGCUUACUGUUGACGACUAUGCCAACAGUGGACAGGUGGGGACAGCUCGCUACAUGGCUCCUGAGGUACUUGAGUCCAGGGUGAACCUGGAGGACCUUGAGGCCUUUAAACAGAUAGAUGUUUACUCAAUGGCUCUGGUCCUCUGGGAAAUGGCUUCCCGCUGCCAUGUCAUUGGAGAGGUGAAGAGCUAUGAACCAGCGUUUGGCUCCAAGGUGUGUGAGCAGCCCUGUGUGGACAGUAUGAGAGACUUAGUGCUGAGAGACCGAGGACGUCCUGACAUCCCUUCAGCAUGGACACAACACCAGGGGAUGAGUGUCUUCUGCUCCACCAUCACUGAGUGCUGGGACCACGACCCCGAGGCCAGACUGACAGCUCACUGUGUGGUGGAGCGCUUCAAUGCCCUGCAGCAGGAGGAUGAGGAGGAAGAUGAGGGAGGUGGAGGCCACGAGGAAGGAGAGGAGGAGGAACUGACGCAAGAAGCUGGCAGAGAAGAAGAGGGAGAGAAAGAAAAGGAGUCAGAGAUACUGGAUAGUAGCCAGAUUCAAACCAUUCCCGUUUCCCCUCAUUCCCUCUCCACCACUGCUCCCUCAACCUCCUCAUCUUCCUCCUUUCAGGUUCCUCAGCAGGAAACAAAAAGAGACAGUACAGAGGUAUCCCAUGAUUCCCUGGUUCUCACCGGUUCUAUGGUGUGA